UGUGAAAUCUGUGGCUCAUCUAUGUAUAUUAUUUAUCCAUGGACGCGGAGACGUUCCUAACCUUCUGAAUCGUUGACAUCGCGCAAACAAAUUCCAAGAUAAGCGGUUAGGAGAGAGGUAGAAGAAUGUUUAUAGUGACGAAGGAGAUUGACAGUGAGAAUAUUAGUAAAUUGUGUCGCACGUGCUUGAGGGAAGACGGCGACAAAAUGGUAUGCUUGUUCGUGGGCCCGGCUGGUUCGUCACUCGCCGCUAAAUUACGAUCGCUCUCUUGCUUGGAGGUCUGGCAAGGAGAUGGUUUACCGGAGAAGAUGUGCGAUCGUUGUGUCACCAGAGCAGAGUCGGCUCUUUUAUACAGGGAGCAAUGUCGUGCAGCUGACAGGGCUUUGCGACAAGCAGCGUUGAAGGUAGCAGGACGAAUCGUAUCUGGAUUGACGUCGUAUACUACCGUUUCUGGCUGCAAACUCUAUCAAAAUCAACAAAAUCAAGGAUUCAUACCUGUGCAAAAUCCUCACAAGACGCUAAAGUGUAUGGAAUGCGGUGCAGUGUUUACCAAUUAUCAAGAACUCUGCGCCCACAAUCGACUGCAUUUGCCCUUUAUACAGGAUAACAUACCUAUGCAACAUAUGCACAUUGUGGAAUCUCAAAAUUCAUACCUCAAUUUUACUCAUGUGGGUUCAAACUUUACCAAUGAUAGUAGUAUAAAUAUGCAAUUAUCUCCAUCGGUCAGAUCAAAUAUGAUGCAUGCUAUGUCAUUGAACGAAGAAAAUUCGAGUCGCGCUGCUUGUGCCUUGCAUUGUUCUUUGUGCAACCAUACUUUCACCAAUAGGAGACAAUUAAUAAGUCAUAAUAUAGCACAUAGUACAGAGAAUGUAGAUAUAUCAUGCGAUAAUGAAAAUAUAGAAAUAUGUGAAAAUUCUAAUCAUAUUCCACAAAAUUUAAGUUACGAAAGGUCCAUUCAUUCUGUUGACAAUCCCAUUCAGAAUCUGUCUUAUCAAAGAUCCACUGUAGAUGAUAACGAUGGAAUGCAAAAUAUAAACUUUCCAGAAAAUAUUGAUUUGGAUGGCGUCCAAGAGAAUAGUUCAGAGCGUUUACACAAUGUAACGAUACAAUCGGAAAAUAAUGUAUCAAUUACGGAAAAUUUGAGAUUUAUAAAAGCACUCGAAAAAGAUAGGCAACUCGUAAUCGAAUAUCAUGGAUGUUCAACUGAUAAUAAUUACAAACAGCCUGACAUAAAAAGCAUAGAAGAUGUUCCAACAGUAAAGAAACAUCAGUGUGAAGUAUGUUUGAAACAAUUUGGACAAAAAUCUAAAUUAUUCGCUCAUCAGUUGUCUCAUUCUGGUCAACAACCGUUCAAAUGCCUGAGUUGUGGCAAAGCUUAUGCAUCAAAAAGUAAACUCAAUGCGCAUAUGAGAUUACACACCAAAACCAAUGUGCAUCAAUGUAAGGUAUGUGAUAAAAUAUUUCCAUAUCCGUCUUAUUUAGAGGAACACACAAAAAUACAUAAUAAAAGUGAUAGCGAUAGGCCACAAAGCAAGGAAUUUGAAUGUAGCACUUGUAAUAAACGUUUUCAACUUUUAAAGAAUUUGAAAGCUCACGAAAGACUUCAUACUGGAAAGGGCUUAGUGCAAUGUGAGAUUUGUGAUAAAAAAUUUAGUCAAAAUUAUAAUCUAAAAAUGCAUCUACGAACGCACAAAAUGUCGAGAGUGCACAAAUGCGAAUAUUGCGACAAACGUUUUGUACAGAAAGGUAAUUUAGUCGAACAUUUACGGAUUCACACUAAAAUGAAGCCUUUUGUGUGUAAAUUAUGUGGUAAAAGAUUUGCGCAAUCAAGUCAUCUUAAAAGUCAUGAAACUUCGCACGGCGCCUUGCGACAACAUCAAUGUCGAUUAUGUGGAAAGAGAUUUAAAUUAGCUAAUCACUUAAAACGGCAUUUAAAUUUACAUACUGGUUCAAAGAUGUACAAGUGCAAUCAAUGUAAUCAAAUGUUUUCCCAAUCUUUCAGUUUGACAAGACAUUUAAAAAGGCACAAUGAAUCGCAUAUAUAAUUUAU